GAGACACCUCUUACUUUGAUUGGUUGGUUGGUUUGGCCCUCCACUGCACUGCUGAAGGUGAAACAGCUUCUGCAAUUAGGAACAGUUUUCAGUAUAAUAUUAUGUCAUCAAGUGGACUUUUAACCAUGCGGACUCAGUUUUGCAGGCACCUGACUCAAAAGUACCUUUCAAGGACCUACUCAUCUCGCCCUUCACUAAAUGAAGUGUUCAUCGUUAGUGCGGUCCGUACCCCAAUGGGGUCGUUCAGAGGAAGCCUGUCAGCAGUACCUGCCACCAAGCUGGGCUCCAUUGCCAUCAAAGGAGCUGUCGAAAAAGCAGGUAUACCAGCAGAGGAGGUGAAGGAAGUAUACAUGGGCAACGUAUUGCAGGCAGGGGAGGGACAAGCCCCCACCAGACAAGCCUUACUGGGAGCAGGGUUAAGCCUCUCCACUCCAGCAACAACCAUCAACAAAGUCUGUGCCUCAGGAAUGAAGUCUGUGAUGCUGGCUGCUCAAAGUCUAAUGUGUGGCCACCAGGAUGUGAUGGUGGCCGGCGGUAUGGAGAGCAUGUCAAACGUCCCUUACGUGAUGGGGAGAGACACCCCAUCCUACGGAGGCUUGAAGGUGGAGGACAUCAUCGUGAAGGACGGCCUCACCGAUGUCUACAACAAGUUCCACAUGGGAAACUGUGCCGAAAACACAGCCAAGAACAGCCAGAUCACCCGGGAAGAGCAGGAUGCCUACGCCAUCAGCUCCUACACCCGCAGCAAAGCAGCGUGGGAAGCUGGGGUGCUCGCCAGAGAGAUUGUACCUGUCAGCAUCCCCCAGAGAGGCAAGCCGGACGUUGUUGUGGCAGAGGAUGAGGAGUGGAGGCGUGUGGACUUCAGCAAAGUCGCCAAGCUGAGGGCUGUGUUCCAGAAAGAGAACGGCACAGUAACUGCAGCCAAUGCCAGCACGCUGAACGAUGGUGCGGCUGCUCUGGUACUCAUGACUGCAGACGCAGUAAAGAGACUCAACGUCACUCCACUGGCCAGGAUCGUCUCAUUUGCUGAUGCUGCCGUUGCCCCUAUUGACUUCCCUAUUGCUCCUGCAUUUGCUGUACCGAAGGUGCUGGAAGCAGGUGGAGUGAAGAAGGAGGACAUCACCAUGUGGGAGAUCAACGAGGCCUUCAGCGUGGUGGUCCUGGCCAACAUCAAGAUGCUGGACAUCGACCCCGCCAAGGUCAACGUCAAUGGAGGGGCUGUGUCUCUUGGACACCCUAUUGGGAUGUCAGGGACAAGAAUUGUGGGACACAUGGUGCACCACCUGGAGGCCGGCCAGUACGGCCUCGCCGGGAUCUGCAACGGUGGGGGUGGAGCCUCCUCCAUCCUAAUCCAGAAGCUGUAGGAAACCUCACGCUCCACUCACUCCUGCGUCCUCAUCAGGACUGCCUGGAGAAAGUUUCAUCGAUGUACUCGGUUGAGAUGACAAUACUCCAAGCACUUUGUCAUUUAUCUGAAGCAAACUCUGUACCUGAAAGGUGACUGUGGCUAGAUGACUGUAUGCAAACAGAUAUUAUUAUGACUCCAUGUUUGAGACACUCCUGUGUGCAAAUAACUUCUGGUUACCGUUGAACUUUUGGACUUAUGAAUAGGAUGAAUAAAUAGUUUUUAUGAAUGA